GAUGAUAAAGAUUUGAAAGCCCGCGUAAAUCAGUUGACAAUUUUGAUCGUGUCUUCUCCAUGUAUUCGCUUUUAAAAUUAGGAAAUUUUCUGCCGUUAGAAUAAUCAUUUGCAGGUCAAGGUGGAGAAAUGGGAGAGAAAUGUCAGUGGUGUUCUCUAGCGUACGCAAUUUGCCGCAUAGGGUGCUUUCGAUGUUAUCAAACAGUCUGCUGCAAGGAACCUUCAACACCCAGGCCAUCAUACUCUGUGAUUGCAAUUGGACUCAGCCAAGCUGGCAAGUCAAUGCUGUUUGCAAAGCUGAGUGGGGACGCUUCUGAAAAACUUGAGCCCACUGUUGGUUUCUCUGUGAAAGCUGUCCAACUACCCAGUGCCAUUCUGAAUGUUAAAGAACUUGGAGGUGGAGAUAAUGUCAGAAAAUACUGGCCACACUAUUUUGGAGGAGCUCAGGGGAUAGUGUUUGUGGUGGACAGCUGUUGCAAUGAUGAUGAUGUGGAUUUAGCUGCAGCUGAGUUACAAGAAGUCCUGUCCCACUCCUCCCUGGAAUCCCUUCCUCUGCUGGUCUUAGCCAACAAACAAGAUGUUAAUGGAGCCCGCAGUGCAGAUGAGCUGUCGAGGAUGAUGGGGUUGGAUGCGAUUGCUCGCAAGAGAAAUUGGCACAUACAAGCGUGCUCUAAAGACGACACGGAAAGUGCCAAACAAGGACUUAGUAAACUAGUGUCAUUUAUCAAUCCUGACACGGAAACAUCGGAACAAAAUAGAUUAUGAGCUCA